AUCCACAGUUGAAAUCUCGAACCGUCCUUAUUGCUUUGCGGUUCUUCUGCCAUUCGUACCGGAAAAUGGCUGACAAGCGUCCGACGAAGCGAAGAAAGUCUUCAGUCCAAGGCGUCGGCCGUCCAAAUGCGAUGGAUAAUCAACCAAGCCAGGAUCCGUCAGAUGAUGUCUGGUCAAGGCCAAAUUGGCCAGCACGCGUGGAGAAGAGUUUUGUGGAAUUGCUGAUCGAGGAAAUGAUAGAUCAUUUGGACGUGAUACCCAGUGGGUUUAAAGAUGAUGCAUGGGAUCGUGUAUGCACAAAAUUCAACAAGGAAACUGGCUUGAACUUUGGUAAGCUGGAGCUGAAGCAACACCUGGCUGUAUUGCGUAAACGCUACCGCAUAGUGAAACCGUUGUAUAAUCAUAGUGGCUUUGGUUGGGAUUAUCGUCGAAAGAUGGUUGACGUUGAUGAUGGAGUGUGGAAGGAAUACAUUGAGGUGCAUCCUGAGAUCGCCCCAUACCGGAGAUGGGGCUGCCCAACAUAUGAAGAGCUUUGUACGAUAUUUACAAAGCCGACAGCCACCGGAGAACAUGCAUACUCAGCUGGUGACCAUAUCCCAUGCAACCGCAGCAAUUUGCAGACAAGGGUGAAUGUUAAUAUUUCAGAUGGAGGCAACAAACGCCAGCGGGUACAACCAUCUAGCUUGGACAAGAGGAGUCUUAAGGGAGAUAAUCCAAAAGCAAAUGCCACUUCGGACCCCAGAACUAUUUCUGAAUCAAAAAAGGAUGCAAGUGCGCAGAAGGAUGACCCAUAUUCUGCAGGCUGCUGCAUGACAGUUAUAAAUGGAAUGCAAGAUGUUGAUCGACACCUUUACAAUGGUGCUAUGGAGCUGUUCAAAAACCCAACCUGGAGAAAGACAUUCAUGUCAUUGAAAACUGAGAAACGCCUAACCUGGUUGAAGGCCAUGCUCCCCAGUGUUAGUUGAUACAAAAGAUAAGUGUUAAGGGGCACUUGCAGUGAACAACACCGGAUACUAUUCCAGGACUACGUAGACCUUUUGUGCAGGUUUUAUCAGCCUAUAAUAUAUUUUAGCAAUAGAGGCCAACAGGGUAGCUAAUACUUUUGGGCAAAUUUUUGUUGGAGUUCCUUUUUGGCAUCAGUAGUUAGCUGCCCCUAGCAAUGUGUAUAUGUUUCUCUUCAUCUGUAGCACAACUAGGCCUCUCUUUUUAUCCAGGUGUACAAGACUCGGAGCUUUUCUACUACCAUAUUUCUUCUCUCUAUGAAUGAAAGUUGUGUUUAGAGGAAA